AUGUCUGAUGGUAUAAGACAAGCUCUUAUUUCGAACCUAUUUCCUCAAGGUUCCUCAGAAAAAUUAAUCAUCCACAUAAAAACAUAUAAAGACAUUCAGUCCACCGAGAAUAAUAAAGAUUUCAAAGGAACACCACGUUAUUUAUGUCUGACCCAAAAAAAGAAUGCCAUGCGGCUUUUAAAGGUGAAAAGAAAUCAAAAUGGAACUUUUAGUAUUUCCAGAGCUUGGUCUCUUGAUGACAUUAAACAGAUUCAAAAUCUCGAUAAUUAUCAAUUUUCCAUUAUACUCAACAAAACAUAUUUAUGGGCAGUUGAAAGAAACAGAGAUAAAAUGAUAUUCUUAGCUUUUCUAAUUGACUCUUGUCGACGCUCAGCAACACGAAUGCCAAAGUUAGUUAAUAUUGAUGAAAGUCGAAUUAUUCGAUAUUUGGCUGACCCUCAUGCUCCUACUAUGGGUUUAAAUAAUCUGAAUGUAUCCACUUUAUCUGAUAAUAAUAUAGAUCAUAAUGCACCACUCUCUUCCACAAUCCAUGAUGUGCCCUCACCUUCUACAAGUACAGGCUAUAAUACAAUAACACAAGCCUCUAUACACUCUUCAAAUACUAUCUCUGAAAAAUCUUCUCCAAAACCUACUUACACGCAACAAUCGCUAAAGCCUAAAGCUCCACAACAUCAACCUUCUGUUUCAAGAACAUCGCCUACCCUUUCGCCACAAUUAUUAUCUCGAGAAAAUAUCAGUCCUCAAUAUAGUAAUAAUACUGAAACUUAUCAGCGUGAUGAACGUAAAGAACGCGAUCGUAUUAGAGAAGCUAAAAAGGAACGAGAAAGAUUGGAAAAAAAGGCACAAGAGGAAAAGGAACGACAAAAGAAAGAAGAGGAAAAUCAAGUAAAGAUGGCUGAACAGGUAUCUUUGAUGAAUGUCGAAGAAUUAUUAACAGAUUCUAAUUGGAAAGCAAGUGGUAAUGCUGCAGCGCUUGAAAAGAGAUUAUUAGGUGAAUUGCAUGCAUUAGAAGCUGCUAAUGUUCAUGCUAUUAUUCAAUCGGAUGAACGAGUUCGAUCAAUUGUAGAGCAUAUCGAUAAGUCUUUGGAAGAACUAGAUAAGAUGGAAAGUUGGCUAUCGCUUUAUGGUGCAGAGCUUAACAGUAUGGGUGAUGAUAUUCGUGAAAUAGAGACACAAAAUAGAGCACUUCAAAUUUUGAAUUCAAAUCAACAUGCACUGAUGGCUGAGUUAGACAACUUACUGACAGCUAUUUCUAUACCUAGAAGAUGCUUAGAUAGCUUGCAAAAUGAUCCUAUGGAAUCAGUAGAUGAUGUGAUACGCAUUCAAGAAUCUGCAGAAAUUUUACAAAAGGUGAUCAAGACAAAAUUAGAGGAUGGUUUACAAGAGAUGAUAGCUGUUCAACAACGUCUUGAAACAUAUAAUGUGCAUGGGAAUAAAUUUAGUGAAAGAAUAUUCAAGUUUUUAAAAGAGCAAUUUGAGCUUCAGGCAAAAAUAUAUUUAGAUCAAAAGUCGAAAUCAACUGCUGCUGGAAAUAGAAAAAUAGUUGCACAACCUCAUGAACAAAUUGAAAAUCAAUUGAUCAAAUAUCAGGGAUUUAAUCUUUGGGAAAAAGAAAUGGAGCCUAGAAUGUAUAAUGAAUUACAAAGAUAUUAUGCUCAAGCAAUGGCACCUUUAUAUGAACGUGAUAUACGUGAGCUAAUUGAUGCGACACGAUCCUAUUAUGCAGCUCUACGUAAGCGAGAUAUAGAUGAGCUUGAUUAUGUCUUUAAACCUGAAGAAUCUCGACCUGCAAGGGCAUUAGCCUAUGCACCUAAUUUACGAAGUGACGACUCUAAACCUCAUCGAUAUCGUCAUAUGCUUCGUGGCUCUGUAGAAGGAGUAAUCGGAGGAAGUUUCAGUGGUAAUCGUUCAAGUAUAGAUGAAGAUGAAAAGGCGGCUGAUGAUGCCUUUGCUCAAAUGAUAAGUCAAGCUGUCAUGUUGGUUUGCAGGGAGCAGAAUUAUAUGAGUGAUUUAUUUGAACUUCGACUUCCUAAAUCAUUUUUAGAAAGAGACAUGGUUUAUUCACAAGUACCUAAUAAAUCUGAUUUAUACAGUAGACGAGAUAAAAUUCGUGAUGUUAAAAUAUCAAAGAAGAUUUUAUCUUGGAUGGAAAUUAUUUUCGAGACUUUAGAACCAAAUUUGGUAGGAUUAUUAGAAUAUGGUGUCAAAAGUGAUCCAACUCAAGCAGUCAGUAUGCUUGGUGCUGUUGAAUUCCAACAAGAGAAAUGGGAUGGAUCAGACCAAGAAUUUGUUUUAUCUUUAUGCAAAUCCAUAUUGCAAAGAUUGACAAAAAUGUUUCAAAAUUUUAUUAAUGAGCAAGUUCGUGUUAUUGAAGAAACAAAGGUCAGUUCUAAAAAGCGUAGAGGUAUUUUAUCUUUCUUUAGGACAUUUCCUAUCUUUGCAAUGCGAUUAGAAAUAGCAGCACUGAAUGUUCAACCUGAAUCUGAGACUCGGGUCACAGUUAAUAAUGCAUAUGAAAAGAUCAUUCAAGCUAUGAUGGGAAGUUUAGAUAGUAUUGCUCGAGAAGGCGAUCAAGCUGGUGAUGAUAAAGAGCAAUUAAAUGCAACUAUCAUGUAUAUUGAAAAUAUGCAUCAUAUGUAUCAUACACUACGAACAAAUAAACUUCAUGUUUUAGAGAAAUGGAUAAAACAUGCAAAAACACAAUACGAUAAUAGUUUAAAUGCUUAUAUCAAGGUCAUCAUCCGUCGUCCUCUUGGGAAACUUCUCGAAUUCUUUGAAGGUGUUGAACAGAUGACACAUACAAAUACACCUGAGGAAGUUUCGUUUCAUAUGAAUUAUAAUAAGACUCAAUUACGUAAAGUCAUUAUGUCUUAUCCACCAAAGGAGAUCAAGAAAUCUCUUGAACAACUUUAUAAACGUGUCGAUAAACAUUUUUCGGAAGAGGAAGGUUUGUUGCAAGUCGUUUGGCGUGGUAUUCAAGAGGAAUUCAUUCGUCAACAUGAAAAAAUGGAAGACUUGAUACGUAAAUGCUAUCCUGAUGCAGGUGUUCAGCUUGAAUUCACCAUUCAAGACUUGCUGGGAAUGAUGAGUGAACUUGCACGAAAAGUAAAUGUGUAG